AUGUUGUGUGUACUAGCCAAUGAGCAUGAGAAGGCUCUAGCCCUGUUUCACUCACAACUGGGCGACCUACAGGUGGCCGUAGGUCUGUGUGGGUCUGUGUGUGGACAGACAGGGACUUCGAGUACAAUACACCGCAUGUUCCUCACACUGCUGACGAUGUAUAUGUCACCGGCUGAGGAUGUCAAAGACCUAUAUAAAGAG